AUGGAUAUUCGUGGUAGAAAAAUGAAAAAACCACCUGCUUGUGUGCAGUGCCGUAAAAGGAAGAUAGGCUGUGACCGUGUUAAGCCGAUUUGUGGGAACUGUAUGAAACAUAACAAAAUGGACUGUUUUUAUCCGGAUGUUCCGGGACAAUAUGUUCCCUCUAGCUCUUCCUCUUCCAGUACCCGUCAAGUAGCCAACGGCCCGUUUUUAAACUCUUAUUACGCCUCUUCUCGUCGUGUUUCCAAGGAAACCGCUGCACUUUUGCAGAAAAACCCAGAACUGGCUUCCCUGGAGCAAAUAAGAGAAUAUAACACGCGCCUGCAACUGCUCAAUGCCCAAAACCAACUUAGUAAUAGGUCAUCUGCGGCAAAUGCGACCUUGAAUCAACAACAUACUCAAUAUAUUCCUAAAUCGGUACCUUCCUUGGAAAGCAAGCCUGUCACUUCUGCGAACGAAUCUUCUACUCCACUCAACUGGGUUCAGGGCCCUGCAAUUUUCCAUAUGCUGACAUCUCCAUACACCCAAGAUGAGAUUAUCAAUCAUGAAAUGAAUUUCUUGAAAGGCAGGCUUUUGGAAUUGCAAGAAAUUACAGGCAAAAAGAUCACGGGAGUAAAUCUCGAUAUUAAGCCGGAUUCUACAGCACGAACGCUGUCUUCACAAUUUAAUCGGGGCCAAGAGGAAUUUUUGACGAUCAAAAAAAGGAAAUUUAGUGAAGAUGAAAUCGCAGAUGGGGAAGGUAAACUAACUACAAACAAUGAAAGAAGGCCUUCUCUCAACGAAUUUAAGGACUUGGAUCCUCAAUUUUUGGAUACAAAUAAAGUUUUUAAUGUGUUUAAUUCCGCUAUUUUACAAGAUGACAAGAAUAAGUUAUGGCUAUUACCGAAAAAUUCAAAUAAAAGCUCUAUCUUCCAGAUUCAGUAUUUAAUUGAACGCGAUCCCUUUCUAUUCAAGUUUUUCAAUGAACUGAAUUCACUAAUCGAAAAACAAUUCAAUGGAUCUUUGCAAUAUCUGUUGACAAACCAUAAUAGUGACGAGCAUAACAGCAGUAUAUCUCAAAUAUUAAGGUUUCCAUCACAAUCUAUAACGCAAAAUCUUAUUACCAAAUAUUUAUCCACUGUAACAGAAACAAAUUCAAUACUGCCAAUAUUGAAGCCAAAGAGAUUAUUACCUAUAAUUGAGCAGCUUUUUCCAUCCAAUACUAUAAAUAAGCCAAAUUCUAGCGAAUAUGAAACAAUCUUUCAAAUUUUUAGUAUGACCAAUGAUCAGCUAAUAAAUUUAGGAUUCAUAACGCUCUGCCUCUUAAUUCUUUUUGAAUCAUUGAACUCCACGGUUUUAAUUCCUCUCAGAGAGGAUGGGCACUUGCAAUUAUUCAAUUUAUUAUUCAAUUACCUGCCUUCGCUGAAGUCGAAUUUAACAACGCUUAGAUUUGAAAUUGAAAAAAGAUCAAUGUGUGAUAUAGACACCUUACGGUUCAUUUCCCUCUGGAAAUAUUACCAAUUUGUAAUGGCUACGUCCUCUUCGUCUUCUGUUGUAAUUGAUUAUGACGAAGAUAUGCACAUGGCAUGUUUGCUAUCGUUGAAUCAUGAAACUCAAAAUCAAUCACAUAUUUUGAUCUGGAAUUUCAUAUUCAAGAAUUAUUGCUGGAGACAUCUUUUCUUGGGUCAAUUACCAUUGCUAAUGUCUGAACCAUUCACGAAUUCUACUCCAAUUAUUGAUCCAUUAUUAAACAACGAUUUUGAAUUAAUUGAUUUCGAGGUUAACUUGAUGAAAUAUUUGCAAAGUAAAGAUCAGCAACUAUCCAUUGAAAAAAUCAUGCAAUUAAUCAAGCUUUUAAGGUCUAAGAAUGUUGAAGUCAGUCAAGGAUGUUUAACAACCUCUUCAAUAAUCAAUAAUAUUAUGGAUUCUUUAAUCUAUAGGAAUUCAAUGUUAUAUCUGAACUUUUAUCUUUUAUUGCAAUUUGAAAAAUUGAAGAAUUAUGCUAAGUUCAAUGAAAUUCUAGAGGAAUUUUUAGAAUUGUCAAGAGAAACUUUAUUUUUUGUCUUCUCGAAUUUAGCUAAUAUAAAAUUUGCUGGUCAUGAAUUUACAUUCAUUAAUAAAUCCAUUACAGUAUUACAAACCUUGGUUUUGAUGCUCUUAGCGCUCUACCAGAGAUCGUUUGAGUCUUUUAAGGAGACAGCUGCUGAGAAGGAAGACUCUAUUGACCAAACAGACAGUGUUCAUAGUAAUAACGACAACAAGAGAAUAAAAAACAAGAACGUUAUUCAUCUCAUUAUCAAUAAAAUAUCAAUGCUGUUAAAAGAUUACACUAAGAAUUGUAAGAAACAAAACAAACUCAUUGAGAACUUAAUUAUUAAAAUCAAGAUGAUUUCGUAUUAUAUCAAAAAUCUUGAGGAAAGCAAGGUGUCGCCUGUUAUUGGUCUAAACUAUACAACUAAUAACGGAUUUACCGGCAUAGGUACUGACCAAUUGAUCAAAUUAAAUCAUGAAUUGAACAAGAUUUCAGAAUCUCUAAUAAAAACUGAUUUUUAUGAGCAAAGGAAUAAUAGUACAUUGUCUAAUGGAGUCAUGGGUACUGCAGCUCCAGUUGAUAGUGACGCAAGCUUAGAUACUUUCGGUUUAACUAUGGAAAAUUUUAGUGAAAUUUUUGAAGCUAUUCGUAGUUGA